AUGGAGUCGACUAGAACUCGUAUCCCUUGUGGCCCUCGGCCGAACGAUCAUCCAAGAAAGCCUCAACAAUCCGGGAUACAUGAUCUACCAGUUGAUGUCACUGACGGAUUUAGCCGUAUUUCUCCUAAUGGAGUUUAUUGUACCGGCCUACCCUCAUCUGCCUCUACACCUCUGCUUGUUCCACCUAGUGAGAGCGGGAUACUAUUGGAAAGUGAAAAGCAGACACACGGAAUAAAGUCUCCUGUUGGAAAACCCGAUUUCCUGGAAACCUUUCUUGAUUGCCGCCUGCGAUAUAUUCGGCAAACUCGCCGCCUGCAAAAAUAUUUGCGCAUCACUCCAGAAGGCCGUCUGAUCCUAAACGCUCCCAAGCAACCACUUGGUCCUAGACUGGCCUAUCCAACUUCGCAUCGCCUUGAUGAAAUCGUAGAAAAAGAUAUCAAAUCUAAUUCAGAAGCACGAGAUACGAUGCCAGAUACUAGAUGUGCAUAUGAAAAUAACUAUAAUAUCAUAUCACCAACAAUAGUAGCCCAAUCCGAAAGCCCUGCUGAGAUAACAGAAUCCUCUUCUAUGUUAGCAGGUAGGGCAUCUUGUAAAUGGAGGCCAGAUAGAUAUGAAUCAGGAAAGAGGGAGGACGCUGAUCAGCUUGCGCGGUUUUUCAGUGCCAAUAGAAUCCGACGCAUAUACUCGGUGUUCAGAACGGGACACCAAACUCCAGCAACCGAAACGCAAUUUAAGCAGACCUUAGAUCAAAGAACCGUUUGCAUCGGUGACUCAGAUGAAUCGCAUUCGACAGAUUGGCUAUCUAAAACGACAUCACAUGCCAUUUUCAGAGAAAAUAGAGAUUAUGAGAAAAGUGAUACUCCCAUAAAUUAUCAAGUUUACAAACCGCCCCUACAG